AAAGUAGCUGCAGUGUCCUGGCACAAUAUCUGUCCAAAAACGUUCACAAAAAACUGUCCCGGAAAGUUAGGUGUAACUAAAAAGGACUGAUGUGAUGUCUGUGAGAUUUGGCUGUUGCUCAGCAGAGCAACAACACACACUACAACAAAGCAAAGGAGGACAAUGUCAGCAUACCAUCAUGUGAGUUCAUGGUACUUACUCGUGGAGUAAGAAUUCUGGACUCAAGACAUGAACUGAACCGGAGCCACGAGGGAGGAGCCGGCCGGUAUUGUUGGGUGAGAACUGUGGAGCUGUCCGAGCUUCCAAUAGCAUUCCAACCAUGAAAGGUAAAGGAGAGGCCAGUGGUUCGAUGUCCCAGCGCUACCGGCCUGCCUCUGAGUAUGAUGAUGCCACUCUUGCCCAGAAGAGAGAAUACUGGAGGACCAAGAAACGAGAGCAGAGGGCCCGACUGUCAGAGAAGAGGGGGAGGGUGAAACAAGAUAGUCGAGUUGAAAAAUCCCAACAUCUAAAUGCCCCUGCAGCAUCAAAUUCCAGUACGGCCAACUCCUUGGCUCUUUCUUAUCCUCUGCAGAAUAAUGAUGAGUCACACAAAUCAGCAAAUCUGUCUCCUACAUCGCAGAGUGGGAAGGGAACGGCUGGGAGUUCUGUUGAAACCAGUCAAAGCCAAAAGGAGAAGUGGCUCAAGACGAUAAAACUCAGCAAAGUCUUGCCUGAGUUUGCAGCAUCGAGCUCCAUCUCAGCCAAAACUGCAAGGGUCAGUGAAGCCACAGGCAAAAGCCCGUCAGCAGAGGGUGCUGUGAGCAGAUCCGUUACCUCACCCAGACCCAGCGGAACCCUGUUCAACACCAGUUCCUCAGUGCCUCCGAACAGAGUGACCAGAAUGACCAUUACCAAUGGCAGCUCUGCUAAAACAACACCUCAGCCAUGUGUGUCUAUGCAGGUUGUGUCAGUGCCCAAAGCACGACAAAAGACACAAAUUGCAGUAUGCAUUCAACCCAAACCAUUACCCACUAGUGUUACAACAGGCGUGAUGCUCGUGUCUUCGCCAUCUGCCCCAGCUCCUAUCAAAAUAGAGGGCAAAGCUGCAAACACAGCACCUCAAACUGGAAAAAAGAGUGCCUUGGUCGACAUCCAGAAGGCUAAAGGUGUUGGUAACAUGCAGCCUUCCCUUGAGACUGAGGAGGAAAGAGCAGCCAAACGCAGGGAGCAAUGGCGGAUCAAGAAACGGGAGCAGAGAGCAAGGCUGGCAGCUAGACUAGCCAAAACCAGAGAGAGGACACAGAGUGCCGAAGUGACAUUACAGAGGCAAACUUUGCCAAGAGGAGGACAGUCGGAUGGAAUGGUUCUUGAGCAUCUUCCAUCUCCAUCAUUUUUGAGAGGAACAGGACAGAGACAGUGCUUUUCUAGGGCCAGAGGUCCACAUACAUCUUCAGGACGUUUUAUAAAGAAUGCACGAGUCAUGGUAAUGUCAUCAGCUAUAACUAAACACACCAGCACAGCUGUUAAACAGGAGAAUGAUAAUUUACAAUCAGGGGCAGCUAACUUAACCACAGUUAACCUUAACCAGAAUCAGCAAGCGGUCCAGAUAAAAGUAGAAGGAUCACGGGGGAAUGAGGUAACACAGAGAGUUAUCACAAGUGAUGUUAGUUCUGAGAAAAAGCCAGGAGAACCAACAAGAAAAUUUCUUAGUUGUGCACCUCUCUAUAAUGCUAGCCGAGGGUUUGUGCGAUGUAGAACACCUAGACAGAGAUUCAUUGAAGCCCAGAAGGGUUUUGUGUGUCAAAGAACCAUAAGGGGAAAAUUGCCAUCUCACGCUUCAGUCUUCAUCACUAGAAAUGUGGCCAAAAUUGACCCUAAUGCGACGCCUGAGCAGGCAGCGGCCAGGAGGCGAGAGUACUGGCGCAUCAAAAAGCGCGAGCAGCGGGCCAAGCUGUCGGUGGAGGUGAAGGCUAGACUGAAGGAGAAGGAUUCUCUGAUGCGUAGAGUCAAACGCUACCAGAAAAUACUUGAGGAGAUGAGGAAGGCCAGAGCAGAGGCCUGUAGCACCGUGACCCAACCAACAGGUAGCACCCUUACCCACGCCUCUGAGACCAUUGGAGGGUUCAUCAAAGAAGACGGGACAGUGACCAUUAACAUCCCCCAAGCUCCCACAGAUCGCAACACAGCUGCAAACAAAACUGAAGAGGAAGUUCAUCCCCUUUCUAAUAACACCACACAGCAACAGCAGCAAUCUCACGCCAAGCUUGGAGGUAAUGCGACUAAAAAUGUGGUGUUAGUAGACCCCAUUAGGGUAAAUCGACCUCCCCCUCCACUCCGCCCAGCUCAGGUGAAAGUCUCCUUUCCACUUGCUGGCCAGUCAGUGAACAAGCCGCCACGGUUGCUGUCAAUCAGACCAAGGACUCAACUAGAAAGCAAAAGCACAACCAUUAGUAAUUCACAGAUAUUAGCUGUGCAAACUACAGGUCAGCUUACACUCACUCACCCUCAAACCCUUCAAAAUACUGUUUCAGGAGUAUCGACAGGAGGGUCGAACCUCGGUGGUUGUGUCAUGAAGAUGGCUGUUUCAAGUAGUGCAUCAUCACUGUCGGCACUCUCGUUGGAUCCAGAAUUAACUGAGGAGGAGAGGAUGGCAAAGAAGAGGGAGUAUUGGAGGAUUAAGAAACGAGAGCAGCGAGCGGCACGUGCUGCAAGGCUAAAGCAGGGUGUCUUACAAGCUAGAGCCAAUGCAGCCUUGCAGAGGAGGAAGAUCCAAAAGCUGACCCCUCCUCAACGAGUAGCAGUGACCAAUAUCACACCGAGCAGAGAUGUUAGCAGCCAUACAAGGACUACUCCCAACACUAGUGUUCCCAUCACACCACAGGCAAAUGAAAUAAAACAAGAGAACGAGUCUACACCAGCAGCUGACCUAAAUUCUCCACCAGAACAAGCCAUCUGUCCAGAUAUCAAACCCCCACCCUCUCCACCACCACCUCCAGCGCCUCUGCCGGAGCCUGACCCAGCUCUGAGCGCAGACAACCAAGCUACCACCCUCCUGGCUGUGGCCUCCAUGAAAAAACUCCUGGAGGAAUCACUGAGCACAGUGACUGAGUUUAAAAGUGAACCAACUGGUGCUAAAACGGAGCAUCUUUCUUGUAAAAUGGAAGUGGAAGCUUGUGUAGCAGAGCAGGAGAAACCAGAUUUACCUCAGCUCUCCCUCAGAGAUGAAGAGGAGGUGCCCGUUGCUGCUGACUUGACAUUACAGAUUAAAAGCUGGCAGGGAGAUACUGAUCCUCUGGCCCCAGCUAGUUCACCAACCUCUCAUCUCAAGAACUCAACUGAGAGUAGUGUAUCAACCCUCCCACCACACCCCACCUCUGAACAUUCAUCUCAAACCCCUUCCUAUUUGUCUCUGGAAGCUUCAGACGGCUCAGCCUCAUCUUCCCCACGUAGAGCCCAGAGGCUUCGCGCCAAAAAAGUGGGCCAUCAGCACUGCUGCUCCCCAGAGCCGCCAAAGCUCCAUCACCCACCCUUGGAUCACCAGCAUCCACAACAAGAACACUGUGAACAACAGUGUCAGCCACUGCAGCAUGGUCAGAAGAACAGCUCACUUACAAUGCAGCAGCAGCAGCAGCAGCAGCAGCAUGCGGUGACAGAGCAGAGCAGCAUGAGCAGUCUGCAGAAGAAGAGGGAGUACUGGAAGCUGAUGAAGAGGCAGCAGAGGGCAAGGUCGAAGGCCAGGCAGAAAGAAAGACAGGGAGAAUGCAGCAGACGUCUCUCCCCGAAAGACAUUCAGGCUCCAGGUCUGGUGAUCAUCAACGCUGUUAAGGGUGUGAGUCCUCCAGUAAAAGCAACACUCCAGCCCAAGCCUUCCACUGCUACUCUGACAGCAGUGACCAGCAUCCCUACUGUCCUGGUCAUCAGCCCGACCACAUCUAGUGCUGGACAGUCACCUGACACGCUCCAGGUCAAGCCGCCUAUCAGCAGCGUCUCCUGUUCUCCUGAAAUGCAUGCUGGGUCUUCACAGACAUCUCAUAGCUUCAGUCCCGUGUCUGACAUCGCAAGAGGUGACUCUGCGGUAUCACUUGGUAACGGGAUGGACGGCAGGCUGCUCUUAGUAGAGAAUCAACAAGAAGCUGUGCCAGGUUCGAGCUCUGAUCAGCCCAGAGUUCGGAAGUGGACGCUCGAAGUGCCAGAAAACACAGACAUAGACUCAGUCCCGUCGCUCCCUACUCUGAAACCCCCAGACAACCCGCUGUCCAGCAUCAACCUGCAAGCAAUCGAACCCCUUGGUCAAACUCCCAAGCGCAUAUCCACGCUCAGUCCCAUUAAGAUUCCUUGUGCCCAGUCUCAGAGCCCUCAGAAUAUGCUCCCAACUCCCACAAAGCUAGCACCCAUAAGCACCAUGGUUCCUCCAAAGCCCAUCCCAGGUGAGUCUGAAGAGGACUUUCUGAAAAGGAAGAGGGAGUACUGGAGGGUCAAAAAGAAGGAGCAGAGAGCCAGGAAAGCCAUUCGGGACAGGGAGCUCACCCAAAGGAAAGCCUCCAACAACUGGAGGCCCAUCCUUCCUGCCCAGGGUGUGGACACACAGGAUUCUGGUCAGUGGGUCAACUCCUCUGAGGAAUCUGAACAGCUGAUGAGCACUUCCCCAGACGCCGACCUGGGAUAUUUUCCAUACUCAACUUACACUGCACCAAUAGAAGACGAAUCGGAGCUCCUGUUUGCCGACUAUGAAGGCGCUGAAGGUGGUGAGGACGGCCCAGUCUCGGACACCGUGUGGAGGAAUCGCUACCUCAUGGACUACGACCCGCUGAACCAGCUGCUGGUGUGCAUGGUGUGUGGGGAGCUGCAAUACUCCCACAGCCUGGAGGGUGUGAGGGCCCACAUCGACGAGGCCCACCCUGACACCCUCAGCAUGGAUGCCGGGGAUCGGCGGUGCAUCCUGGAGGCCUGGGACGAGCAGGUGUCUCGGCGGGAGCGCUUCUUCACCAGCCAGCUCCAGCAGCACAGUGGGGCCCUGGCAGAAUCACACAGGAACUAAAUGUCUGAGCCUGCAGACAGAACACAGAAGAAUCUGGAAGAGAACAGAAGACUGACACUUUGUCUUAUUUAUUGUAUUUUAUUUUUUUUUUUUUUUUGUAUUUUCACUUUGUUCUCCUUCACAGAAGGUCAGCUUGAAAGGGAAUGCUGUAUAGGGAACACCCCCCCAAAAAAAGAAGCUUUACCUCAUUUCCUACUAGGGUUCGAUGUGGGUUUUUGAAGGUCACUACCAAUAUUUUUAUAUUGAAGCUACAGAUGCCAAUAUUUUAUGAUGAUAUUCAAUAUUCAGUAUCUUUAAAUUUGGCCAUUGUGUUCCUAGAAACACUCCAAGUAUUCCAUGAUUUCCCACUACUUUAUUUAUUUUUUUAUUUCUUCUUUGUUUACAGUGGAUAUGGAUGCAAACUGAAAGCCCCAGAAUUAACAAUUUAUUUCUUGGGCAUUUUUUGCCUUUAUUUAUAUAUUCAAGAGAUACAAAGAAAGAUGACAUACAGCUAACUUCUUGAGGAAAAAAUCGAACCAACGAUGUCACAGUUAACAUGUCAUGCACCGUAAACCGCUGAGCCACCAUGAUACUCCACCAUCAAACAGAAAGUGUCCAUUGAAGCCCAGGAUAAUGUAAUUCAUUUAGGGUUAGUAGUUCUUAAUUGUUCACCCAUUUUGAAAAAUGUUACAUUAUUUCAUAUAUUCUCUAGCUGUUCUGUAGGACAGUAGUGGCUCUAUCUUCCUCUCAUUGUUACUGAGUGCUGGAUACUGGCUGGAUGCUCCAAAUGCUAACUGUUAGCCUCCUGCCAUUGAGCUGGACUUCCCCCCAGCUAACAUUGUUAAAAAUAACCACUUUAAUCCAUUCUGUUUGUUAAAUACAUAGCUUGAGUGUGACAAUAUGUAGCAGAAUUUUUACUGCCUGAAGUGGCAUUUUUUUUUUUUUUUUUUUUUUUUAAAGAUUAAUAACAGUAGAACUAUCUUGUUGUGCCUUCUAAGUUCUCUGUGUUUUUCCUUAGUUACAUCAGUGGCUGGCAGGUGCCUGACAGGUUUGUGAACCAAAAAGGGGGGUUACAGAAAAGAAGAAGCUAACCACAACAUGAAGUUGUUUUUGUCCUCCAUUUGUAUGUGUUAAAUGAGGAAAUUAAAUAAUAGCAAACUCAAGCAAUCUACUUCCAUCUCUGUGGCUGCUCCUGCUCUGGCGCGGAGUGAUACAGGAAGUGCAGAAGUUACCGGAUCUUUCUGGAUGUUGACAAGAGAAAACAUAUAGCUGGAAACACUAAUUUGAGUAACACUAGUGUUGAUGUGUGCUUGAUAAUCAUAUAUGCAUUUUAGUUUCAGAAAGAAUCACUUGUUAAGUGAUGUUAAAUAUUCUUUGAGUGGAUUAAGGUGGUUAUUUUUCAGGAUGUUAGCUGGGGGGAAGUCCAGUUCAAUGGCAGGAGGCUAA